CACAGGAAACAUACAAAGCUGCGCGGAAUAGCGCACCCUGUGCUGGGUAUGAGCAACUGGAGAUGCGGCUAGAUGAUGGCUUUUUGUGAAGAUAGCGGACACCCGUCACGCAGACUAAUUGUCUCAUCCCCCCCCCCCGGAUGGAAAUUCAGUCGCUUCUCCCGCCGAGCCAGGGCAGAGUUUACAUGAAACCGCCUUAUGACCUCCUCUCGCCAGGCCACACAAACUUACCCGAGCAUGCACAAAAGGCCGCUGCCCGUGCGCCCAAAUCCCAGUCGCGAAUCCCCCUCCGAGUCCUGCGGCACCCCGUCGUGCUUUAACCCCCCCCCUCUCUCUUUCAUUCACUCACGCCCUAGCCCGCUCGCGAUAUGGAGGCGGACGCCCACACCACCGGCG